UCGGGCAAUGAGGAAAGCAACAACAAAGCUUGAAGUUCAUCCUCCAAUUUCAUCUUCAUUCCGGCUAGUUGGUUUACCACACCUUGAAACUCGUUCAUGUGAACCACAAUGCUAUCACCAUCUUUGUAUUGCAAUUUAACAAGCUUCCUAAUCAAAGAAGCUUUUCCCAUAGCAUUGUUCCUCUCGUACAUGGAUUCAAGUUUCUUCCACAUCUCAAAAGCAUUAGUUUCAUUAGCAACAUGUUGCAACAUACUUAAAGAAACAUAUUGUCGGAUUGAUGCAAUAGCUUUCCGGUUCAAGGUAGUCCAAGCUUUCUCAUCAACACCUGUUGGACGUUCUUUAUACAAAAUUGGGUCAAGCAAAUCUUUAUAGCAUAAAUAAUCCUCAAUACAAAUUUUCCAAAUUGAAUAAUUCGUAGAGUCCAAACUAACCAUUCCUUGAACAAUUACUUUGUCAUCCAUCAUAAACAACACAAGAAGCCAACCAAUAAAUAGUCAAGCUCUAAUACCACUUUGUUGGGGAAGCACGGAACAAAACACAACGGAAGCGUAUAAAUCUUUUCCCCAAAU